AUGCGUCUUUUAUCUCUCUUGGUUAUUUCCUCCACUACCACCACGGCUAUGGCUGGUGUGUUCACGGCAGAUUGUAAUGUUCACGCUGUGAGGACUGUGAAACGAGAAACCAUACAAGUAGCUUGGAGUUCGGGUUCCAAUGGUGGCACCGGCAACAUCAAGAUCGACGGAAAAUGGAUCCUUUUCGCCUUGUGGAAAAAGGUCUGCAAAGCUGUAGAACUCGAGGACUUGCCUGCCGGGGUUACGUUAGUUGCGACACCGAAUACCCUUGUAGGUCAAAAUUCAAGAGGAUAA